AUGGCCCCCAUCGCUCUUGACUCGGUGGAAGCGCAGGAUCAGGUAAAUGAAAAGGUCCUAAUCAAAACCUGGAAGCGUCCCGAGGUAACAAAGGAGAACCUUGACUGGGCCGAGUUGCCCAAGAUCGAUCUCUCGAAGUUCGAUACACCUGGUGGGAAGCAAGAACUUGCCAAAUCUUUGUAUAGGGCAGUCACGGAGGUUGGCUUCUGGUCCGUUGUCAACACUGGCAUUGACGACGAAAGCGUGCUCCGCCAAUUCAGCAUUGGAAACACAUUUUUCCAGGAGUCCCUUGAAGAAAAGAGAACUCACCCUUGUAACUUUGCGGAAGGUGAGUAUUUCGGGUACAGGGAAAACUCAAGAUGGAUCGGCGAUACUGGAGUAAAAGAAAACAUUGAAAUGCUUAACAUCCCAAAGCCUAUCAAGCUCUUUGAGAAUGUAGGCAGACAUCGAGUUGUUAAAGAGAAUUGGAGUGACAUCGCCAAGUUCCACAGAGAACUCUGGGACAAGGUUCUCCGGAAGCUGUUUGUUCUCAUCUCCAUUAUUCUGGAGCUGCCAGAAGACUACCUCGCAGAUGCUCAUGAAUAUGAGGAUGAAUCUGAUGAUCACCUUCGUUACAUGAUUUAUAAUGUGCGAUCACAAGAGGAUUGGGAUAAAGCUCAAGCAUACUCCAAAGGAGGCCAUACUGACUUUGGAAGCCUAACGCUCCUGUUUUCGCAACAUGUGGCUGGUCUCCAAAUCCGUACACCGGAGGGUGAUUGGAAAUAUGUGAAGCCUGUUGAGGGUGGAAUCACCUGCAAUGCUGCAGACACACUAUCUUUCUUGACCAAUGGUAUAUUCUUCUCCGCAUAUCUCCUUAAACCCGCGCAAGCCAGUAACCCAGUCUCUUUAGGGUUCAUCAAGUCCACAGUUCAUCGUGUUGUCACUCCUCCCAAAGAUCAGAUUGAUAUUCCCCGGUUAGGACUCCUCUACUUUAGCCGCCCUGGAGCCAGUACUCCCAUGAGGACCGUUCCAUCCCCACUUCUCGAUCGCCUAGGCCUGAUCCCUGAGGAACACAAAGACCUCAGCCGGCCCGUGCCCAAUGGCACUGAGUACGUGCGCGCGCGUGUCAAGGAUGUCCACCACAAGACUGUUCUUGAUAAACGUGAGGGGACUUCAUUUGAGUUUCGCGGGUUAAAGGUUCAGAAUCAUUAUGCAUGA